GGACUAUCUAACAAAUUCUCCGUCCCGUCGUUUCCUGGUUUCCCGGACAGGAGGAUGGCUGCGGCGCCAUCUGUGAAACGGCGCCGCGUCGCGCGAGCAUGCGAAAGUUGCAGAAGUUUGAAAGCCAAGUGUGAUGGAGUGCAACCUAUCUGCGGGCGUUGUGCAGGCUAUGGCUAUGAGUGUUUCUGGCACCAAGCCAAUCGUCCCAGCCAUCCGUCGCUCGCCAGCGGCAAUGCCUUGAGUUGUAUUUCAACUGAUGCCAAUAGCCAGAGAAUGAGCGAUGCACUCAAGGUGUACGAUGAUUUGAUUAUUCACCUUCGCGACAAGCUCUCUCCCGAUGACCGAAAAUUGGUUGAUUUGAGGCUUGCGACAAUCCAAAGGCCUCAUCAUGGCGCAGGCCAAGCGGACAAUACCAUCGAGGAUCCGACUCCAUCUUCGCCAGUGCAGUCGUCCACCAGCCAACGUUACUCAAGACAUGUUGAACGCUACUUGGGAGAGGCGAGUGAUAUUCGAUUCUACCACAUCUUGCAAUCUGCCUUUGGUCCACCGCCAGGAGCAGAUGUCAAUGAAUCUGGCGUCUCGGAGCCACCAGUCAACAGUUACGAGCAAGAAAAAAUCUGGCCUGCACCUGCGGACAAGAAACUCGACAGCCUGCCAUCCCGGCAGACGGCUGACUCACUGGUCGACAUCUACUUCUCGACAAUUCACAAAGCGUACCCUUUCCUAUCCGAGCCUGAUUUUAUGGCUUUUUACGGACGCUUUUGGCAAUCCGAGUCAUUGGACGAAAUCCGCGGCCCAGGGCUGAGCACAAUAUUUUCGAUUUUUGCCAUUGGCUCCUGCUACAAGAGAGUCGCCGAGUCCGAGAAUGGGCAUGCCUCGGACUCGUGGAGCUCGCGUCAAGAUGUGCUUUAUUUUGAGCUUGCUUUGGCAAUCAUGCAAAACCAAGCACAAACCCGGACGGUUGACCACGUUUGUGCUUUACUGAUCCAAUGCUUCUAUCUCUUGGCCACUUGUCAAACGGACAAAAGCUGGAUAACGCUGGGUUUAGCGAUCCGGAUCGCUCAAAGUAUCGGUCUUCAUGUCGAGGAGGCAUACGGAACAAGCUAUGGCGAUGUUCCGGGCCCGGCGCCCAGUGAAACACGCCGACGAGUCUGGUACUCCCUUUUUGUGCUCGAUCGCCUGCUUGCAAUGCAGUUGGGACGGCCCCCAUCCAUUAUUUCAGACGGAUUCAACGUCCACUUGCCUUCUCGACAGUCCCUGCUCGACCUGGCAGAACAGCCUAUUCCUCCCGGGACAAAGUCGCAAGACUGGGGAGGCGACUAUUUCAUAGCCAUGAUCCGCUUCUCCGAGAUGAUAGGCAGAGUUUUCACCGACCUUUAUGGCCCGAACAAAAUCGACGACGCAGCAUCCGUUCUGUCGAAAACCGAGCUUCUUGACGCUGAGUUGAUCCGAUGGCGUUCCAGCCUGCCGCGAAGCCUGAGAUUCGACUUAUCACACACGUUUGAAAGUUCCAAGACCUUCCAAACCCAGCGCAACAUGCUGGCUGUCAAGUUUUACAACCUGCAAGCUCUGGUCCAUCGACCGAUGCUGUCGUCUACCCUAUCGGCCACGUCACGCCAAAAUACUGUGGAGAUCUCUCGUGCCGAACAAUAUCGCGUCUCCUUGUCCAAGCGAAGAUGCAUCGUGGCGGCGCAAUGCACGGCCAAGCUACUGUACAACCUCAAAGACAAGAGAAGUCUCGUGUACGAUUUCCCGUGGUGGCAAAUGAUCUCGUGUCUCAUCUGCGCAAGUUCCAUUCUCCUAGUGGCCAGCAUUUGCGUUGAUCACAACUCUGGCACCGAGCUCGAAGUCUUCAGUGACGUGGAUUGGCUGGUCGUGAACGAGGAUGCCGAAGUGUGCCUUCAAACCUUCCAGGCUCUCAGCUCUAAUUCCAACGCAGCGAGGCUGGCGAGAGACAUGAUGCAGAGACUUAAGAACACGAGAAUGAUGUCUUGUGGGACAAUGGGAGCUUAUGCAUCAACUGCGCCUGGCGCGGCCACCGAGAAUGGAAUCGAAAACGUGGAAGCCCCGGUGACGUCCAUUGGCGAUCUUCCCGUCUCCCAGAUGCCACAGCUUGACUUCGAAACAUUGAAUCAGGAGACUUUCGACCACCUCUUCCAAGUGGCGCCCUAUGAAUUUUCGGAGCCUGUCACCUGUGAGUAUUCUCUCCUGCCCUUCGCGUGAACUCGCAGCAAGUUGUUUGUAUUUGGUCUCCAUGCGGAGAUUCCCGAAUUUCCUAUAGAACGACCCGUUGCAUCAUGUUCCGGAGGUUGACGGCUGACUUUUGGGUUCCAUGGCAGGGUCGGCACAAUUUGUGAAUGCGACAUGGAAUCCGUUUAUUCAUCGUCAUCAAGGGUAAAAAGUGGAUCAAAGGGGUGGGAGUCGGAAGACGGUCGGACCGCAACGACAACCGAAUUCUUUCACCUGGAGUUCAAUGCAAAAGAUUGCGUUUUGGGGGAUCUCAAAUCGCUGAAGUCAGUGCGCUGUGGGUACUUUUGGCGAUCGCGCAGAUGUCUUUGCUUGAUUCGGGAGACUUGUCGGGAAGAUUGAAGAAGCUUAAUGGGAUUCCUCUUGUGCAGGAAGAAUUCUUUGUGCAAUCAUGUUUCCGCGGGCUCUUGUUGAAGCCGCCCGCUUCGUCCUCUGUUUUAUCACUUUUCCGUUCCUCUGACGAU